CCACGAGUCACGAUACACUAGAAAUGUAAUGCAAGAUCAGAUACGCAUCCCGAUUUGGCAGAACGAGUUGUAAAACAAUGUCAGUUUAGAAGAAGACUACAUAAUCGCAUUUCGGAAAUUUCAAGCCAUUAAACAGGAUUUAAUUUAAACUGAAACGUGCGCACAUACCACAACAAAAAUGAAAACCUUUCUCCUCGUUCUCCUCGUGCUCGGUAUCACGUGUCUCCAUGUCACCAUGGGUUACAAGUCAUUCAAGCCUCUGUCCUAUAUCCAGCUUCCGACGGGUCUAAACAGCGCCGGCAACGAAGUUUUUUACGGAAUCGACCUUAAAGCAUCUGAGGCAGCCGCUUUUGAUUUCGCCAACUCAUUUCUUUACGUUAUUGGAUCAACAAGUCAUAUGAUGCACGUCAUCGAUAUCAUAGACCCGGCGAACCCCGUACGUCUGUUCAAACACAAGUUCACCAUAGGAGAGGGCGUGCCCCAGGCCAUCGACAUCUGCGGAGGCGAGAUCGCAGUGGCCCUCUCCGCACAGACGGACACGAAUGAAGGUCACGUAAGGUUCUACCUCACUCACACGAGGAACUCGGGCGCCACCGAUGUUAUGUUAGACGGAUAUGUGACAGUGGGCCCGCGCCCGAAGCAUAUACGAUACACGCCCGAUUGUUCUAGAGUCGUCAUUACCAACGAGGGAGCAGCCGGCAAAGAUGAAGGCGGAGCUUACGUCGAUCCCGAGGGCUCUGUCACGAUUAUAGAAAGCGAGAAGACGGGCAACCCAAGCGUCCGCCUAGUCGAUUUUAAUAACUACAACAUCGGACAGCCAGGUUUCAACAUGCAGAUAAGGACUCCUUCCCUGUACAUUCCAAAGAGUUUGUACAGUGGUGAUACGACUGUGGCACAGGAUUUGGAACCAGAACAAGUUACCAUCAGCAGAGACGGUCGAACUGCAUAUGUCACACUGCGAGAAAACAACGCUAUUGCAAGGGUCGAAUUGCGUAAUGGCACGAUUUCGUCGGUCAUCCCUUUGCCGAGGAAGAACUGGCAAAACACGGGUGUGGACGUCAGUGACAGGGACGGAGGUGUUCACCGACGGACAUACCCAGGUCUGCAUUCAGUGAGGCAGCCAGGAGCCAUAGCAUCAUUUGAAAUCGGCAGCAAGAAAUUCCUUGUCACUGCCGACGCCGGUGACAGAAAGCAGUACACGGUAACUAAGCAUGGCUUCCAAUGGACUGACAGCACCAUCGCAAAAGCUAUAGUUUCACAGAUUGAAGAUCCGAACCUAAGGGUUAAUGUUUCCAACGACGAGUUCCUCGGUCGGUUGUUGAUUAGUACCGUUGAUGGCAAGAACGCUUUUACUGGCUUGUACUCUCACAUCGAGAUGUUUGGUGGGCGUGGCUUCUCUAUCUGGGACGCCAGCAACAUGCAGGCCCCUGUGUUCGACACCGAGGGGACGCUCGAGGAAUACAUGGAGAGCUUCUACAAGCCAGUCUUCAACACUGACUACCUUCUCAGUACGGCCAUUUAUUCGUCACCUGAAAUGAAUCGAGACUUUGCCUCAGAAUUCCAGGGUGCGCACGUGUCUAGCAUCGACGUUGCAAACGACAACGGAACAUUGCUGUUGGUUGCCGGCACUUGGUCUACGGGCACGCUCUUCCUUUACACGGUAGACACGAGUUCUGGUCAGCCCAUCCCACAAUUCCAGGCCAUACACCGCUCUGGUAACAUGGACGAGCCCUGGAAUGAUCUGUACACGAAGAAAACCGUUGGGGAUCUCUACAUCUCCUCUGUCGGCAUCAUCACGAGUGACCAGAGUCCAGUCGACCGCCCUCUGUUGUACGUGACAAGCUCGGGUGCCGGGGCAGUUUCAUUGUACGAGAUAGUGGACGAGACCCCAACUAUUCCUUGAGUUGUUUUCCUAAAAUUAUUAAAGCCAGUGUAUUUACUAUAAA